AUGCUGGACAUCGAACAUGAACAGCUUCGGGCAGCCUCACUUCAAGACGGAAAUUGCUAUACCUUUGGCAGUAUCGGUAAUCACAAUGUAGUGAUUGCUUCCCUACCCGCAGGGAAAACGGGCAAAGCAUCCGCCGCGACGGUUGCAAGAGAUAUGAUCCGCAGCUUCAAAUCUAUCAGAUUCGGAUUGAUGGUUGGUAUUGGUGGCGGAGCGCCAUAUUACAGCGCUGGGAGCAUGGAAGCCGAGAAUGAAGGCUCAGCGGAAUUUGAUUCUGAAGGCAGACGACAUAUCAGACUCGGCGAUGUUGUGGUAAGCCUGGAUUCAAAGUCCACGGAGGCUGUUGUGCAGUAUGAUUUCGGCAAGUCAGAGCAGGGAAAGGGGUUCCUCCGUAUCGGUGGAAAGCUUAACAACCCGCCGGAUGUAAUAUUAACCGCAGUCAAUACCCUUAGAGGUAAAAUAAAAGCUAGCGAUAUCCCUGGGAUGCUGUCGAUUGCGAGUUCGAAGAACUGGGUCAUAAAAAAGAAAUUCCAAUAUCCAGGUUUGGAGAACGACAAGUUGUUUAAAUCUAAUGUCAUUCACCAAAACCCGCCGGAUAAGAAGGUCUCGUGUGGGGAGUGUUCUUGCUCCGGGCCCCUCGAUGUUAACCUUGUUAAGAGACCAGACCGAAAUGACAGUGCUCCCGAGGUACAUUAUGGAACUAUUGGAUCGGCUGACCAAGUAAUGAGAGACGCCAUCCUGAGAGACGAGUUGUCACAAAAACACAAGAUAAUAUGCUUCGAAAUGGAAGCUGCAGGGUUGGACUCGUUCCCCUGUAUCACCAUUCGAGGCAUCUGCGAUUAUGCUGAUUCCCAUAAGGACAAAACCUGGCAGAAUUACGCUGCGGCAACGGCUGCGGCGUACGCAAAGAAUCUUCUGCUCACUAUUGGUGGGCAAGAUACUGUGGGCCUAUCCCCAAUCGAGCAAAGUAAGCAGUCUCCGUAUAUUGGUUUGGAAAGCCUAGGGAUGCGCGCCAAUACAAUGUAUAUUAUAUACACUCUCGGCCUCGGGGAGAUGAAGGAGAAGGGGAAGAGGGGGAGGAGGGGGAGGAGGGGGGAGGAGGGGGAGGAGGAUGAGGAGGAUGAGGAGGAAAGUGAGGGCCCGAGGAGGAAGAGAAGGAGAAUAAGCUUUGGAACUAUAGAUGAGAAUAGUGAGGAGGAUGAUUAUGGCACUGACGACGACGAUGGUGAUGAGGAUGCGGAGGGAGAAGACGGGAGGAAUAUUGGUACUCUUAUUGAUUAUUUAAAGCAAACUGAUCGUGAGAGUGGUUUGGAGAGUGAGAGUGACUUGGAGAGUGAGAGUGACUUGGAGAGUGAGAGUGACUUGGGGGGUGAGAGCGACGAAGAUUAA